CAUGCUAUGCUCUGUCCGAUUGGACCAGCGCUUUGAACACAAAGGCAUGACUAUUUAGUAGCCUCGUUCAAAGACAGGCCAACCCUCGCUCUCAGCCGCCCACCGUUCCACCGCUCUCCCGAAAUGGCUAAAAUCAAUCGUCGUACUCCGGCACCCUAUGCACUACUAACUGACGCUCGGGACGUGAUGCUGUGGCUGCUGUAUUUUCAGGAUCAAGCGACCGCCCUAUCAUCGCACAACGUGAUCGACGGCUUCCAGCUAAAUGCAGUGCUCGCGCUUAGCGUCCAAUGGACUCGCUUUGUCGACCCGUGUUGUGCCUGGCGAGCCAAACACAUUACCGAUGGAGUUACCAGCGACGCCACUGUCAAUGCAGACAAGGCAUUCACGCAGACCAGUCAUCAGCUCAUGCGCGCGCUCUCGGGCUACUGGUACAAGCACUACAGAGUCUUCGAGGACGCACGGAGGAGACGGUUACCGAAACCUUUCGAGGAAUUGAUGUGCGGCUCGGCGGGCCUGAAGAACCGUCAAACGUGGUUCAUGGAGCUUGGCUUCACCCUCGAGUGGCUGCUCGAAGAACUACCCAAGAAUUUUCAACUACACCUCAAUCUUGCCCUCACAGUUGAUACGAAGUAUGCACUCAGGCCUUACUACAUCGACAGGCUGGACUCAGCUAUGCGGUUUGAGGCCAUGUUCGCCUGUCUCGAGGUUGACCCGCAUUUUCGCGACUUCAAGGACCCCAUAACAUACGGUGGUACCAUGUCUUUAUUAUAUGAUAGGGAACGCGCUUCAAAUUCUGGCGAAAUAAACCAGGUCAGAGCGUGCAGGUUCGCCAGCCAGGUCGAGAGGAUCGUACGCUGUGUAUGCGAUGAUAUGGGAUUCGAGGACAACCACGCGGCGCAGGCAUUGACUGCCUUCGUACAUUCCAUGUCAAUCCCGCCAGGACUCAAGGACGACGAGCGAGAAAGGGUGGAUCCCUUCGAUUAUGAGGAUGUCCUCUAAUCUGUGAAUGUCUAUUGUUCUACAAACCGGCUUCAUGUCGCUUUAUAUACCUCCUCAUGCCUCAAAUGGCUCGAUACAUACUCGCCUUAGGCUGGGGCUGAACCGCGGAUUUGUGGAAAGGGUUGUUGACUGUGAAAUCUGCU